AUGCCUAAUGCAAGGAUCAGACUAUCAACUGUCACGAAGAAGUUGGCCAACUCAACGGUUAACGUUGUAUUUUCCCUCAGUCUCAACUUACGAGAAGUUGUAUACGACGAGUAUCGAGCUAGUGUUUAUCAGCUAUCUCUGUGGUCUGUUCUACUAAUACGUACAGAUUCGCACAUUACCGUGGACGUUGGACUGAUUGUUUGUGUCAGUAUAAAACAGCACGUUGUGGCCAAGAGAGCCAGAAAGUCGAGUAGCGCCAUCCCUAACACAAUGAAGUCAACACGACUUCUUGUUCUCGUCGCCUUACUGGCUUGGACACAUGCGGUGAGCUGUUCAAACACGUCAUGGGUGGGAGUCGAGACAGGGAUCCCCACAGUUUAUUUUCAUGUUUAUUUUCCAGGUCCAAUAAACGUGCGACUGGGAGAUGAGAGCACAUCGUGCGCUAGACGAUGCACAGCAUCCAACAAGUUCAAGUACGUCCCAGGAGUGACGUAUGAGCAUGACUAUCACGUGACGACGGAAACGCUGAUGGGCGGAGCCAAUGGCGAGAAGGCUGUCAUUCAGAUCCACGCGACAGCCGAUAUCGAGGCGCUCACCAAAUGCGACUUUGCACUAAGGUUGAGAAAUGUACGGCUGUAUGACACGUCUCGUGGGCAGUUAACGUUCAUCGACAAUGUCGGCCGAUUCCGACAAACCUUGGAACGCAACCCGCUGCGCUUCUCAUUCCAAGAUGGCGUCAUCGAAGACCUGUGCCCAUCAGACGACGAAGAGCCGUGGGCUCUCAACGUCAAGAGAGGCGUCCUGACGGUCCUGCAGAACUCCAUGGACAACACAGACCAGGAUCAGACCACCAAGGAGACUGACGUCACUGGGAACUGCGUCACAGACUACAAAGUAACUGACCGCGGCUGGUACUCCACGACUGUCAAGAAAACCAAAGAUCUUCUGAGCUGCACUGGUCGCCAUGGCUACCAGAGCGCCAUGCACGCAGUCCCGUACAGAGUUCCGUCAGACAUCCAAUCGCUGCCCUUAAUAAAGAGUACUCACGAGUGUGAGCACAAGGUGGCCAAAGACGGGUUCAUGACCAGCGCCCUCUGUCGUGAAUCCCACAUCUUCCGCCCGUUCUCCAAUCAAAACAGCGGAGCUGUCACACACGUCACACAGAAACUUGAGUUCAAGCAGCGCAACGGCAGAGUAACCACUGACAGAAAUUUCAUCUACAGCAGAGUUGACAUGAACUUCCAACACGUCACUGGACACGGGCACGGCGAUCACCAGAGGAACCUCGAUGCCAAGCUGAACGAGCUGUGUGCGUCGUCCGAACACGACAUCCGCCCUGAGGUCCCCCGACUCUUCUCCGACCUCGUGUUCGUCGUCAGGGACGUGGACAGCACCGUCAUACGACAAACACUCAUGCGUGUGAAAAAGGAACAGGUCUGCAGAGGGAACAUUGUGAGAGGAAGGAAAUUCCUGCUGGAUGCCAUUCCAAUGGCUGGAACAAGCUCCUCAGUGCAGGUUCUGAAGGAACUGCUACUCAGCAAAGAUGUGACAGGAGUGGAAGCCGACAUGUGGUUGACCUCGCUUGCCUUCAUCCAGAACCCCACCAGAGCGAUGUUGGAGGAGGUAAAGCCUCUCGUUGAAUCCCCGGAACUGAAGCUGAAGGCCAUGUUGCCAGUAUCCACUCUGGUGAACAACUACUGCGAGCGAAACCACUGCGGAGAGGAGUAUGCUGUGGACAAUAUCAUUUCCAGCCUUGAGAGGAACAUAGGCUACAGGUGCAUGGUCCGUGACGCAAAUCUGGAGGUUGUUUUGAUGACGCUAAGAGCUAUUGGUAAUGCCGGUCACCUACGAAGGAUAUCCUCCAUUUUGUCCAACUGUAUCACCGAAAGUACUAAUCCAAUGGAGGUCAGAAUCGCGGCAGUAGAGGGAUUCCGCAGAGUUCCAUGUGAUGCUGAUAGAAACGACAUUAUUAGACUUUACCAGGACACGGAAGAGGAUUCAGAAAUCCGUAUUGGCGCUUACCUCGGUCUCAUGGUAUGCCCAUCUGAAGACACCCUGAACAUCAUCACGCAGACGCUAACGAGAGAAAAGGCCAGCCAGGUUGGAUCGUUCAUUUGGUCCCACCUCACAAAUCUCAUGGAAUCCGCGAGCCCACAUAAACAAAGCAUCAAAGCCAUUUUGGAAAAGGAAGAUUUGAAGAAAGAGUUUGACUUGGAGAAGUUGAAAUACUCGAGGAACUACGAGGGGUCUUUGUUUUUCGAAAGGUUAAAUACUGGAGCUGUGGUCGAAAGCAAUUUGAUCUGGUCUCCGAAAUCCUUCGUCCCACGGUCUGCUAUGGUCAACCUGACUGUGGACCUGUUUGGAAACUCAAUAAAUCUUUUUGAACUUGGCGGACGGAUUGAAGGACUCGAGUACCUGCUGGAAACAUAUCUUGGACCAUAUGGUUAUUUCGGUAAUAAGAACAUGGAGAGGACAAUUGCUGAGAGUCGAGAAAAGCUUAAACAACUCAGAGGUUCGAUGUACAUGAGGAUUUUCGGCAACGAAAUGUCCUACACGCACUUCAAAGGCAUCGACUCGUUCACCGAUGGAAAGAGGUUCAACCUCCUUGAUACUCUGAUCCGGAUGUCUAAGGAACACGACUACGCUUUCACCCAGAGCGUCAUGUUCAUGGACAGUACCGUGAUCAUCCCGACCAGCUCUGGUCUUCCCCUCAACCUGACUGUCAACGGAACGGCAACAGUUGACCUGAAGGCGGUGGGCAAGAUGGAUCUCCGCAAGGCUGCCAAGAGUCCGAGGAGUCUCCUCGUUGAUGGAACCAUCCAGCCAAGUGGUGCUAUUCGUUUCGCGGGAGCUAUGACUGUCGAUGCGUUCAUCACAAAGACAGGAAUGAGGAUCGUCAACACGUGGCACUCCAGCACUACCGUCCGAGGCAGAAUCGAACUGGACCGCGGGAAGAUACUCAGCGCAGAGAUUGAGGCUCCCAAAAACAAAAUGGAGAUUCUUGACGUCAAAACUGGGUUCUUCUCCAUUCACGGUGACGUAGAGCGGGAAGAAAAACUCUUGGAUAACAAACGGAAAACCAUCAAACUGUGCUCAGGACAGAGACUGGCAAUGCUUUCCGGCCUGGAGACAUGCGCAGAGUUCCAGUAUGUCAACGCUUCCUACGUAGAGGACGCCCCCUACUUCCCUCUCACUGGACCUCUGUCUUUUGAGCUGACACUGGAAACACGCGACACCCAUUCUGUCUACAAACUACUAGCAAAACGCACAGAGUCCAAAUCGUCCAGCGUUGCUCAGCUGGCCUUUGACACACCUGGAUCCAAAGUACAGCGUGCUCUUUCUUUCGACAUAAGUAUGAACCACAAACAGAAACAACUGGAUAUUAUCUUCCUGACCCCAUGGAAAGAGGCAUCUCUACAAGGUAAAAUAACAAAUGACCGAGACCUGAAGAAAAUCGCCGGUGUUCUGAUUAUAGACCAAACGAGACGGUACUCCAUGAUAAGUGAGCUUUCAAUUAAAAAGAUGAAAAACGGUUAUGCUUACAUCCCCCGCAUUGAGUUUCAACAUCCAGGAAUACAGACAGUUGAGAUGAGCGGGAAAAUUAUCAUCGAGAAAAGAAGCAAGAUUGAUGUUGACCUAACACUUCAUGGUAUCAGGACAAACCCACUGACAAUAAAAUCAACCAUAAUGAACACAGACAAAGAAUCUGGCGUCAGACUCAUAGUUGGUCUGAGCGACAAAGAGCAGUAUUCCGUAGAUGCCGGAUUAAUCCACGAUCAGAAACAAACUAGCAACUCGUUCAAGUUUGUCCCAACACUGAAGAUCCAGACGCCCACGUCUACUCCGGUUUCGAUCACAGGCAGUCUGGAUUACAAGGAAGGAAAAUCUCUGAAGGGCAGUGGUAUGGUGGACAUCAAAAAGUUAAUGACCAAAGCUAUAGCGAUGAAAGGUAGUUUAACAAUGAACAGCAGAGGUUACUAUGGUGGUGUCAAUAUCAAGUCUAAGUACCUGGCGGUGAAAGUGACUGGAAAUGUAAUCAAUAAGAAAGACGGCACUGUGUCAUCAAAACUAGCUGUGGAUUAUGACUUGCCCAAGCACAAAAACAUCAGAAAGAACAAGAUCACUCUCAGCUCAAAAUUCAAGGACAAGAGCACGGCCUCACUAUCCAAGUUCUUGGUGAAUGCGAACAUGGUGGUGAAGAAGAACCCUGAACUAAACUUCCAGGCCGACCUUGACAUGAGUCACAAUCCACGUAAACACACGGGGAUGAACAUAGAAGUGAAAUACGGAAAGAGCGUCAAGGACCUGAAGAAGGUGGUCACUGUGUCAGCAAACGUGAACCAUGCCCUCAAGAGUAAAUCAUCGUCCGUCGACUACAAAGUCAGAGUUAAACAUCCAGCCAAGGGAACAAAUAUAUCUUGGCAAGGUAACCACAAGCACGACAGUAAGAGUUUGGUCACUUCUCACAAACUUAACUACGGGAACGGUAGGCAAAUCAGCACUGAUCUUACGCUAAAAGACAACAGCAAAAAACUGAAAAAACUUUCGGGCAAUUUUCAGGUUGUCUAUCUAGGAAAGAAAAUGUCUGUUAACACCGAUUUGACACAGCCGUCGUCUGGUAAGUACAAGCACACCAUCAACGGGAAAUAUGGGAAGACCAAAGGCAGCAUCGUCACUGAGUAUACCAAGGGUAAAGAUGGUUCACACACAGUCAGUUCUGAUAUCAUGCUGCCCAAUGUUGACCAUACGAGAAUCACAGGGAGCACUAACUUGAAUAGAAAUGAUUUCAAAGCUACAGGAAAUGUGCUUUAUGGCAAGAAGGAGUAUGGCGUUAAGACAAGCUACAAGUACCUCACAGGAAAACAGGGAAAACUGGCACUCGAUGUUAAAUACCCAUCACAGAAAAUUGAGGUAGAACUUGAAGGUGAGAAGAAUGAUUCUGAGUACUCCGGUAGAUUUGACGCCAAAUGGGACAAUAAGAAACGGAUCCAAGUCACUGGCAGUAUUGACAUUCCGUCCAUUAAUGAUGUCGACUCAACAUUAGAGCUGAAGUAUCCUUCACAAUCGAUUAAGUUUAACAUGCGACAUCACAAACGUGAUGACUAUAUCACGCAUGCUGACGUCUCGUGGUCAAAGGGAAAGAAAAUUGUUUUGGACACAACAUUCAAAUCUCAAGAGUCUAGAGGAAGCAACACCAAGACAGCAGCACUCAGCUUGAAGACUCCAUUUAAACUAGUGGAUGAUGUUGCCAUGGAACUAUCAGCUGCGAAUGACAACGGGAAGUAUGCCGUAAAAAGUAAAGUACAAUGGAAUGGGAAACGCAAAGAAAUCACAUCAUCAAUUGACGUUCUAAAACCAGUAUCUGCAAGACAUCUUAAUCUCUUUGUGACGGCAUCGACUCCAUUUGAAAAUAUGCGCCGACUCCAGUUCGACGUACGUCACGCACUGACCAGCAAACUCAACACAGAAAUCAAAGCAUCCAUGGACAGGAAAAAUGUGAAAAUUGUUCUUUCUGGUGAAAACAGAAAUGGUGCUGGUAAAAGAGACGUAGAGGGUUUGGUUUCAUUCGAGUCGAAUAUUCCUAAAUUUCCAUCUGUUGAAUUGCAGGUGAAACAUGUUGAUGACUGGACAGACUACAACACGAACGUCGUUGUCGACAUUGGUGGACAUAAGUAUGUCUAUGACCUUGAACUCCAUCACCAGAACCGUGGUUUCCAAGUUAUUAAUAAUGGAAAACUGCAUGUUGCCGCUGGUUCUUAUUAUCGUCUGUCCAACACAUGGCAACAUCACAAUACAGACAAAACCAUUAAAACGGUUGUCAACUCUGACUGGGGAAGAGGAAACAGAAUACGAUUUGACCUGUCUGGAAAUCACGAUGCAUCCGAUCGAAUGAAGACUGUUGGCAGCCUGGAUUUAGAAACACCAUGGACUCCAUUACGCUCUGUUAAUAUCAAUCUCAGCAACGAAUUUGGCAGUGGAUAUAUUGCCCAACAAACACAUUAUGUACAUGACGGAGUUCCGAAGGUAUCAACGAAUGUCAACUACAUCAAGAUGCCUGACCACACAGAGGCUGAUUUCUCCAUUGCAACUCCUUGGACUGAAGAUAUUUCCGGAAAGCUGAACACACGCUCUAAACGAUAUCCCAUGACAGGGCAUGCUGAACUCCAGUGGUCACCAUACAAGAAAUUCACGGCAGACGGUUCUCUGACUGCAAUAUCCCUAACUAACAUCAAUGGCGAUCUGCGAAUUACAACACCUUACCAAAGAGUUAGGAGCAUAUUCAUCAGAGCAUCACAAAUGAAAAAGGGACCGGAAAUCAUCACAACUGCUGCUGUAGAAUAUGGUACUAGAAAAACGAUUGAAUUUGAAAAUCGAAUUCAAGUAGAAAAUGGCAUCAAAAUAUUUUCAAAGGUUGAAACACCAUUUGCCAGCUUUAAGCUGAUACAAGCUGGUUAUCAGCUCCGUGGAGAUGUACAUGACUUUGAUACAAAAGCUGAAUUCACUGCUUCACCCAUUAUUGGAACAUUUAAAGGGGCACUGAACUGGAAUUACGUUUCAGAUCUCAGUGGAAAACUGAGAAUUGAUACACCAUACCAACGUUUCCCAUAUUUCCAACUAUCUAUACAAAAUGAUGAAUCACGAAACCACUUCCUGGCUGAAGCUGAAUAUUCUCCACAACAAAUCAUAAGAGUUGAUGCCAAAUACAAGUUCAGUGGACCGAUAGAUAUUGAAACCACCCUGAAAACACCGUUCACAAAUGCAGAAUAUAUGAGUGCAGGUUUCAAAUAUACAAUGGGAAGUCAAGCAAUAGAAACAUCCGCUAAAGGUAAAUUUGGAUCGUAUGAUCCUGUGCAAGCUUCUCUGAGACUGAAGUGGAACGAAGGUAUAGACGGUACCGUCAGUAUAAAAACUCCAAUGAAAGAAAUUAAAAGCAGCAAACUUGUCAUUCAUCACCACGGCUCCAUAACCGACUUCAAGAGUUCGUGUGAUUUCAAGCUGAAUAAAGAGAAACUGCUUUCUGUAGAUGCAGAGUUCCAAGACCAGCAGCAAACCAAGGGAACUCUGACCAUUGCGAGUAGCCGUUUCAGUGAUAUAAGGGUCGAAGUAAUGAAGUAUGGAAAUCUAGAGAACUUCAAGGGCUUUGCAUCUCUUACCUAUGGUGAUUCCCAGACUGUUAAAGCAACAGUGCAAAAUACAAUGUCAGGAAGACGCCUCAAGUCAGUUGUCAGUAUUGAAACACCAUUUGCAGAAAGUAUUGAUAUGAUGGUGGAUUACAGGGGGAACUUAAAAAAUUUCACUACAAAAAUAUCUGGUUCACUUGGCCGAAAAUACAGUAUUAGAAAUGAUUUCAGUUUUAAGACUGAUACUCAGUUAACUGAAGGUUCUGAUGUUCUAAGUUACAAAAUAGCUGAUCAGACACAAGACAUUGGAUUCUCCUUUCACAAAGAUGGUACACAGGACAACUGGACGGCAAAGAUGGAUGGAUACAUUGAUAACAAACAUAUCAAAAUUGGUGCACAUUUUACGCACGAUGGUAACGUUGAUGGCAAGCUAAAGGUACAAACUCCGUUUGACAGUUUUCGAGAUGUCGGCCUUUCUUUCAAUCAUGCUGGCACUAGAAAUAAUUUCCAAUCAGAAGGAACAGUUACGUACAUGGAUGGAAAAACCAUUCAAGGUAAAGCUGUUAUUGAGUCAGCCAGUUUAAAAAACUUGAGAGGAAAAGUAACAGCAACAACACCCUUCGAUGGUUACAGACAAACAUCAGUUGAACAUAGUCACCAAAUGAGCGACAAUGACAUAAAAAUCAACUUUAAAAUUGAAUUGCCUAACUCACCAGCCAUUGCUGCUGACAUUCAUUUAACGGCUAAUGGACCAGAUGCACAAAUCGUAUUGGCUGCUAACACAAACAUAGAUAUGUUUAGAAAAGUAACUUUCAUGGUGAAGAAGUCGGGUAAUGUUAAUCAGUUCAAUGGAGAAUUUAAGUUAAUCACAGAGGACAUCGUAGUCAAAGGUGACAUCUCACAUCGAAAUAGAAGAGGAAAUCUUUCUACAAAAAUUACAUUGACCAAUCCAUUCACCGAACGGAUUGAUGUCAGCAUUCAGCACAGCCGCCGUUCAAAUGGAUUUUCAACAUCUGCUGCUGCAUCAAUGGGAACUGAAACGAAUGCAGAGGUGCAGACCACUUUCAACCAACAAAACAGUGAUACAUUCGAAUUGACCUCUAACGCAGGAUACAAACGAGAUGGAUAUGGAAAUAAGGCAAAGUUGAACAUUAAGAAAACAGGAACUCUUUCAAAUGCAGAAAUCACAAUGGAGGGAAGCAUCAACGAGAAGACAAUCACUACCCGUUUCUCUCUCCAAAGAGAAAACACAAUUUAUAGUGAGCUGUCAAUAACAACACCAUUUGAACAAUACAGAAACAUUGGAUUUUCAUUCCAAUAUUCAGGGACAAUAAACAACUUCUCGUCCAAAGGAACACUGCAAUAUAUGGAAAACCAAACUAUAUCUGUCAAAGUAACCCACUAUCAUGACAGUUGGCAAAUAAUAAAUAGCAAAGUAGAAAUCAAAACACCUUUUGAUGGUUUUGAAAAUCUACAAGGUAACUAUGAUCAUUCUUCCGAUAGUGACAAAUUCAGCUGUGACAUCAGUGUACAGUAUGGUCAAGGAAGGAAAAUUGGCGGAAUAAUCAAAGCAUCCUUAAUUCCAAGGCCAGAGUUUGAAAUUGAAAUUUCUACACCAUAUGAUGGAUUUAGAAGAUGGACUGCGAAUGGACAUUAUGAACAAAUUAUAAAGAAAUAUGAAGCUUCAGUCCAAAUAUCUGGUGGCACUGAUAAAACAAUUGCAUUGCAAUCUUCGAUAGAUCUCUCUGGUUCCCCUUAUACAGCAUCAUUAAAUAUCCAGACACCAUUCAAAGAUUUUGAGAGGAAUGAGCUCACUAUUACGCACAAAGGAACUCCAACCAAUUUUGACUCCACUAUCACAUUAACAAUCCCAAUCAUCAACACCAUAAGAGGAGUAGCACAUCUAAGAUAUAAAACACCAUAUACCUUGGAUGGUGCAGUAUCUGUAACAAGUAGUAUUCCAUGCAUGGAAAAUCUCGAACUGGCUCUGCGGGCUUCAAAUGAAUCUGAUCAAAAGAAAUUGCAUACCGAGUUAGCAUGGGCAUCGGGAAGAGAAAUCAUACUAGAUGUAUCAUCUCGCAGCCAUAAUGACUGGAACAGCAAAGUGCUAACAUUUGAUGUCGUCAUGUCCACACCAUUUGAAAUUGCAAGGCAUGAAUCUCUCAAAUUUGAACAGAGUAUUGGCAGUGACACAUAUGCACAUAAGAUUGAGGUGGAACACAAUGCCGAAACCAUUUUAGAUGUGGAUAUCGACUAUUCCAAAUAUCCUAGAUACGAGGGAUCUAUCGCAGUUAAAAGCCCAAGACCAAUGCAGUUCACAGUAUCAGGGCGUCUCGAAGGCAAGAGUUUCGACGGUGAUCUAAUGCUGAACUGGAACAAAAAUGAACCUAACAGCAAUGUGCGGUUUGAAACGGCAUAUGGUGAUAAGGAAGGACAAUUGGAUAAGGACAUCAAGUUCAAACUGAUUCAUCCAGUUCGGACAAUGGGCAUUACUGGCUCACUCAAAUCUACCCGGCGCCACACCAGCAGCCAUGCUGAACUGUCCUGGAACGAAGAAGCUGGACACAAGGUCUCGUACGAUUUUAGCUUGAAAGACAAGAGCAGGCGAUACAGCAACAUGUACGACAGCACAGUGAAAAUCGGCAUUCCGGGCCGAAGCCUCCAGGUUACUGGAUCUUAUGGCGGUAAUCGUAAAGUGAGGACCGUAGACGGUUCAUUCCUCUGGGAUGCUGAUGAGGACCAGAACAAGGCAGUGGGGAUGAAGGCCACGUUCCAACCAGCUGAUAGUCGAGCAGAUAUUACGUUCAGUUUGCCAUCAAUUGGAAAGGACAUAAAAAUUGGAACUGAGAUGAGUGUUAACGAGGGAAGGACCCUUUUCAACAGUAGAACUCAAUUCUCGUACUCACAGGACAGCAGAAAGACACUGACCUUCAUGUCAAGUCUUCGGGACAUUUCCACUCGUUAUGGCGCCAAGAACUACAGCCUUACAUUCGGGAUUGCGCACCCAUACACUGACCUGGACUGUCGAAUGUCAUCCAGUGUUGGGCAGUCCACAGACAGAUACUCCGCUGGUUUGGACAUAUCUUACCUGACGGCCAGACGAGAAAAGAAGAACUUGGCUUUACGUGCAGAGAUCGAUCGGUUGAGAAAUCAGAUGAACUUUGAGAUCGUCAGUCCACACAGGAGAAUUGAAGUGUUCGGCGACAUCGUGAACACCAGCCCGCUACUGAUGCGAUUCAGAAACAGGAUCGACGGCCGACUCCUGAUCAGCUCUGCCCUCACCUUGGACCUGGAAGAGAAGAGCUUGGACUUCCAGACUAAUUAUGAUCCAGACCACCCUGAAGAAUCGAUCAGAAUCAGCGCCAAGUACGUGAACAGCAGUGCAUUCCGUGCCGAGGUGUUUCACGCAGCGGCCUACGAACAGCAUGUCGAUGGUCUCCUCGCAUUCAGACUCAACACGUCGCACCUGCUCCACACCCGCAUUCACUGGAGACCAGAGAUCGUCAAGGAAUUUGAGGAUUAUCUGAUAAAGAAAUUGGAGAAAUACGGCAAAGACAUUGACACAGGAGCAGAAGGAAUGAUGGCGGCCAUUGCACAGGAGCUGGAAGCCAGAUACCGCAGAACCGUCACUCACGUGACCAAGGAGCUGGAACCCGUAAAGGAGCUCAUUGACAGGGAGAUGGACAUUGUAGGCAGACAACUCGAAAAAUUCACACGAGAUUUGCGACGCAUGUACACCAGGAAUGACCUCUACGUGCGCGACAUGGGAAAUACCGCUCAAAUAGUGAUCAAUGCUCUCGACAGCCUGAUUCUCAGAUACAAGUCUCUUCGCGAACAGGUCGACAUGGAAUUAACCAAAUUUGCUGACAAACUCAAAUCCUACCCAGUUAGAGAGAAGUACCUGUCUCUGAUCGGUGACGGCAUGUAUAAUAUCCAGCGAGCUGUAUCGAGUGGGGUGACAAGUACCAGUGAAUGGAUCAGCAAACUUGACGAAGAGCUGCAGAAUUGGAGGAAUUCACUAGAACACCAUUCCAGUAAACUACAGAACAGCGUGUCAGGAUACCUGGAGUCUGUGAAGAACCACCCAGUGAUAAAUGGAGAGGUAUAUAGCCGAUACAUCAACACUCUGUCAAACAAGCUGACGGAAGGAAUAAAGUCAACAAACCUUGCCGACCAGUACAACUCUGUCAUCUACAACGUGCGAGAGCUCGUCAACGCUCGUUUAGCCGACGUGAUCUCCCGGGAGGAGAUGAACCAUCUGCACACCAUGGCCAACAACGUCUACCAAGAGGGCGUAUGGGCCUACAACUACUGGCAGGUUGAAGAGAACACCAUGAAACAUCUGAUGAACAUCAUGACCCUGAUGAAGGAAAUCAUCCAAGAAGAGUUUGAGAAGUACACUCCAUUCCUUCAGAUCUUUAAGAAGUCAAAAGUCACAGUGUAUGACCCGGAGCACGGUGAAAUCCAGAUGGAAAUGUACCUGCCCAUCCCUCUACAAUCCCUGGACACGGCCCCCAACGUCCUCCCACACAUCACCAGGGCCUACAACAGAUACAUUCCUGAUGGGCAGACUCUUCAGAAAUAUUAUAAUUAUCUGCCAACGAUGUUCAAGGGACGAAGUAAUGACACAAAUAGCAAUGCAGAUUUUAACACACAAAUGGAGCAAUACCUGAACUCCAACCAACCAACACGACCACUGCGUCGUCCCAGGUACUACGCCAUGCCCGUCUGAAUUUCCAAUCGACCUUUCUAAACCAAAAACAUUUACUGACAAUGUUCCUUCGAUCUAUCUAAUCGUGUGUAUAUUGAAGAUUUAUUUAUUGUGGAAUAGUUUAUCUUGAAGAGAAAACAACAACACAAAUGUGAAUAUUAUCAAUAAAGUUUAAAAUAAAA